CACACACACAUCGACAGAAGUAAAACUAUUUACUUAUAUAAAACAUUUAAAAGUCUGUAUACCUGAUGCGUAUUAUUAACUGUAAUGCCAGAAGUAAACAAACAUAUAAAUGAACUAAAGGGAAAAUGGCUGUUAUACUCUGUGACACCUGACUACUGCACCAGAGGUACUGCUGUAUGAUAGACCACAGGGGACUGCAAGGAUGCACCUUGUGGACUGAUGUCAUAAUAAAUAACCAAAAGAAGGAAGAAAGAAAGCUGGAAGCUAAACCACAACAACAUGAUUCAUAUAAAAUGCUUGUAGUGUGGAAGCAACACAACAUAUGAUAAUUACAAAACCAAACAUGGGCUGUACAUACCUGGGAGGCCUUUUGCAUCACUAUUACCUCACUCCAAACUAUGGAACUCAGGCUUUCACCUGGACCUCAUUUAGUACCAGAUCAGGGCCAGGAAAAAGCCAGGCUCUACAUCCAGGCUCUACUGCUCAUCACUGAAUGUUCUUCAUCUACUUAUCAGGUAUCUGAAGAGACACCAGCAACACACCACCACCUCAGCUUCAGCAUGGAUGCAAUGUGGGGUGUGUACGACUUUUUGAGCACGGAUGACAUGUGGAUGUAUGUGGCGGGGGCGGUGGUUGUCAUCUGGAUGGCGGUCUGGUUUUACUUGGACAGCAUGGAGGUGGACAGGAUCAAUGAGAAGUAUGUGUUUGUGACGGGCUGUGAUUCGGGCUUCGGGAACAUGCUGUGCAAGCGACUGGACCGGAAAGGGUUCCGUGUUCUGGCCGGCUGCCUCACAGAGAAGGGGGCGGACGACCUGAAGAGGGCGACAGGGCCGUACCUCAAGACUUGUUUGCUGGACAUCACCAGCACCGAGAGCAUCCAGAAGGCCUUCGAGUGGACCAAGAAGGAGGUCGGCGAUAAAGGCCUGUGGGGCAUAGUGAAUAAUGCAGGGCGGUCUCUGCCCAUGGGCCCCUCAGAGUGGAUGACGAUUGACGACUACCAGAGCACGCUCAAGGUCAACAUGAUCGGCUGUAUUGAGAUGACCAUAAACUUCCUGCCUCUGAUCAAGCAGGCCAGGGGACGCAUUGUGAACGUGGCAUCUGUGCUGGGCAGGGUGGCAGCUAAUGGUGGCGGCUACUGCAUCUCUAAGUUCGGUGUAGAGUCCUUCUCUGACACCCUUAGGAGGGACAUCCACUAUUUUGGAAUCAAAGUGUGCAUCAUUGAGCCGGGUUUCUUUAAGACCCAGGUGACAAGCCUCGACCCCAUCGAGAGAGAGCUCACACGCCUAUGGAACAAUCUCACACCUGAGGUCCGUGCCAGCUAUGGGGAGAAAUACCUCGACAAGUACAUCAAGAUGCAGCGGCUGAUUAUGAACGCUGUGUGCGACGCUGACCUGAGCAAAGUCACCAACUGCAUGGAGCACGCGCUAACCUCUGCUUACCCACGCACCCGCUACAGCGCCGGCUGGGAUGCCAAGUUUGUGUGGAUUCCCCUCUCCUACAUGCCCUCCUGUGUGGUGGACAUCGGCCUCAAACUGGUGCUUCCACGGCCUGCCAAGAGCGUGUAGGGUUGCCAGUAGCGUGUUUUAGGUGUACUGAACACAGGUAGGGGUACAGAAUCGAAGUGUUUGCGUGAGGAGAAAACCAUUUGCCAGUAAAAUAUUGUAUAUUUAUGUGUGAAGAAACGCUGCCUGUGAAUUACUGUAAUGUUGUUGCCUUAUUAUUUGUGAUGCAGUAAAAAAAGUAAUGUCGAGGCCUUCCUGGUCACCUCUGUGUGAAAAGGCUGUACUGUAGUUGUUGGAUUGGGAGCAUUUGGUUUGCAGUGGGUGAAGAGAACCUGUGAAUGACUAGAGAGAGACCCAGAGUGCAGUGGGCUACGUGAUGGAUCUGGACCCAAACAAGUCUGGUUCUGGCCCAAAAUGGCUUCGGAAUCCAGGCUGAAUCUGGGCCAGACAUGUCCCAGUGUCCGGUGCCAUGUGAAGAUGUCCACAGUGCUUCUUUAAUCAAAUUUCACUCCCUCCAGGAUUUUGUGAUUCAAUGCUUUCCUGCAAUUGCAACAGCAGUUUUAUUUUAUUACUGCAAUAGUUUCACAAAAAACAGUCAUGCAAAUUCGGCAUUAUCUUGUGAUUGAUUUUUAUAAAACUCAGAAUCACCGCAGCUUUAACUGCAAAUUUUGAGAAUUCAGGCAGCAAAUUCAGUCACAUUUAGCCACAACAAUCACAAAGCAGCAAGACCAAGAUCCUGGUGGGACUGUGUUAGACAGUGAAGCUGGCACGAAUCAGGGAUAGGCUAUUAUCUGCUGCUGAUUAACUGAUUUAUUAAUGUGUAUUUUCUAAAACCACUCACUGUGAACACUGCAUUUGUGAACUUUACACCUCUGUAAAUGUACAAAUUAAAUAAAGUUUAACAAAAAUAUUAAUAUAA